GGGGUCACGCGCGGGGUGACGCAGCGCACGGCGGUGGUGCGGAGUCAGCAGUAUAAUCUCGCGUUUUGUCCGGCCGGGGGCGUCGAUCAGCAGCUGGAGUAUAUAUGCAAGAUGGGCCGGCAAUACAUCCGCAACUGGCGGAAUCCGUUCUCGACCGCCGCGUGGAUACACCUCACGAUCGUGCGGUGCCACCCGUUUGACGACGGAAACGGGCGGCUGGCACGGCUGCUGUGCUCGAUCCCGCUCAUCAAGCACGGCUUCCCGCCGCUCGCGCUCAUGCCCGAGUUCAAGACGGCGUAUUACGAGGGUAUGAACCGGGCCUGGGACGGCGACUUCAGCACGCUGAUCGCGUGCUUCUUCGAGAGCAUGCGCACCGCGCUCGUGCACGUCGAGCGCCUCGUCGACACGGACUACGACGUCGUCGGGCGGCGCGUCGCGAUCAACGGCGUGCCCGUGUCUGUCGCCGAGCGCGACGGCGAGGACGUGGGCAUGGUUGCGUCGUGA